CUUAAUGAAGUGAAAAUAAAUAGAUUUUGCGUACAUUUUGCAAUAUGACAAAUAUAUUUGGGCGAUGACCAUACGUUAAUUAAUUAAUUUUUCGUACAUUUGGUUAAAUUGUUUACAUAAUAAAAAUGAAACACUUAAUUAUUAAUAAAAUGAUCACGUAAAAACCGUAAAGUUUGUGUAUUUAGAUUUUAUUUGUGAACCAAGUGAAAGUAAAACUACAAAAAAAUGUGGCAUGAGGCUAGGAAACAAGAGCGUAAAAUACGUGGUAUGCUGGUUGAUUACCGGCGGCGUGCAGAACGUCGGCGAGAUUUUUAUGAGAAAAUUAAAGCUGACCCUACACAAUUUAUGCAACUUCAUGGACGGGCAUACAAAAUUCAUUUAGAUCCAAAUGUGGCUGCAGCUGCCGAAAGUUCGAGUACAAUGAUGCCGUGGCAAGGUCAAACUGAUAACAUGAUCGACAGAUUUGAUGCUCGAGCUCAUUUAGAUUAUAUUGCUCCAUAUAAUAGUGCAAAUGAUAGUCCAGAUAAAAGUGCUGAAGAACGUCAGUGUAACUAUGAACGAUAUCGUGUUUUAGUACAAAAUGCAUUUUUGGGAUUAAGCGAAGAGAAAUUUUUAAGGCAAUUACAUUUAGAAGAACAGUAUGGCUACACAGCCGAUUUAGAAGCUAGUAAAAAGAAAAAAGGCCAAGGUGCUGCUAUUGGUUUCAAUUAUGACGAUGCUGAUGGGUCAAGUCAUCCUCAGCCCACGUACAAAGAGGGCCAAAAAGAGGAAUCUGAUGAAUCGGAUGGAGAUGUAGAUUUUGAUUUGUCAAUAGAUGUUUCAAAAAUUGAAAUGUCUCAAGCACAUGAGUUAAAUAAAUAUGGCCAAAAUUUUGGAAUGUCGGGUAAUGAUUUUUAUUCAUUUCUUACAAAUGAUAUGGAAGAGGCUGAAAAUUUACGUGCAGCUCGUGAAGAGGAAGAAGAGCGGGCUUUAUUUUCUGGACGAAGAUCAAGACGUGCACGUCGUGCUCAUCAAGAGAAACGAUUGCAUAAUCGUGUAAUUAGUCCUCCAAGUUAUGCGGCUAAAGAACCUGAUAAAGAGGUUUUGAUUGAACGCCGUUCAAGAUCUACAUCGAAAUCUGUAUCACCUGUGAAUGCUGGUGAAAUCACUUACAUAACGUCAUUUGGAGGCGAGGAUGAUACACCUUCGGUGCCAACACGACCAUUGUCAUACGCAGACAAAGUGAAAGCAGGUCCAUCAAAACCAUCAUCUUCCAAAUCCAAAUCCAGUGAACGUAGAAUACGCUAUCGAUCAAGGUCACGUGAUAAAAAACAGCGACAUAGUUCAUCUAGGUCACGUAGUCGAUCACGACGUCGAUCUAGAAGUUUAUCUAAUGGUCGACGUCGCUAUAAACGGCGAUCUCGAUCUAGAUCUGUAUCAUACCGUAAAAGUAAAAAGAAAUCGUCAAGUAGUUCAUCAGGUAGUCGUUCUAGAUCACGUAGUAAAUUGAAAACAAAUCGAAGUUCAUCGUCAUCGAGUACUAGUAGUUCGUCGUCAUCAACAACGACACGUAGUUCAAUUGAACGACGAUCUGAAUCGAAAAAACGUAGUCCUAGUCCGAAACCAAUGGAUGUAGAUCAGGAAUCAUUAAAUAAACCAUUACCUAGAUAUUAUGGUCGGCGAAAAGAUGAUAAGAGUUCAUCUGAACUUGAUGAAAUGAGUGAGGAUGAUUCUGAAUCGGUUACAGAAUCCGCCAAUAAGGCAUCCUCCGAUCGCAAGUUGACAGGGUUAGUUAAUUCUAAAUCUGGAGCUGCGUCCAAACUAGGACAUUCGUCAAAUUUAAAACCUCAAGAGCGCCUUAAACGAAAGAUGCAACUUUUGUUGAAUAAGCAAUAUAAAGCUGAUAAAAAAGCGCAACAAUUACGCAAUGAAAAAUUAGAGCAAGAAGCUCGUGAAAGAGAUGAUCAAAUGCGUGAAUUGGCAUUGAAAUUACGCCGAAGACAACGUGAAUUAAGAAACUAUGGCGAUAGUUCUAGUUCGAAUUCGGACAGCGAAGCCGAAGGACAAAAAGAAGAUUAUGACGUACGAACAAAGUCGCCUGUUUCACCUACUGAAUCACGAUCUUCAAGACGAUCACCAAGUAAUCGACGUAAUGAACGGCGUAGUGUUGAACGCCGUAGAUCACCUCGUGAACGUCGUGAUCGAGAUUCGGAUCGUGAUCGUUACAGAAAUCGAUCUAGAUCGCGUUCCCGUGAUAGAGAAUACCGUAGAAGACGUUAUUCCGAUGAAGAAAAAUCACGAUCGUAUCAUCGUAAACGUAGAGAUCGAUCAAAAUCCAAUGAUUCAAGAGAUUCAAGACGUUAUCGUAGUUCUGAACGUGAACGUAAACGUGAAAGUAAUUCUUCCUCGAUUAAGAAACCACUUGUAGAUUAUUGAAAAGAAAAUAUAUUGAAAAAAAUUCUUAUGAUGCUAAGUGCUAAUUAUGUUUAUAUAUUUUGAAAAUGUGUAUAAAAAAGUUUUGGUUCUUUUUUCUGCCAUUAAAUCGUUGUAAAUACUGAAUACAAGUCUGUAAAUUUUCGUUUUUGAAUUUUGAAAAAUCGAAUUAUGAUUUAAAACGUAAUCUUCACUGCCAGUUACACUUCUCCAUCCAUUAUUUUCAAAUACUUGGUGCUCAAUUUAGCUCAGAUAAAAAGUAUUUUGUUCGAUAAAAUAAUACAGUCACUUGGUCAAGUGUCGAAAAGAUAACUUCUACUAUCGAAAAUUCUAAUUUGUGAAAUAAUUGACUCGAUGAGUGAAAACGAUUCUUGAACUCAAAAUUUUAAACUGGCUUCAAGUAUUGAGAAUUUCGUAUAAUUUUUUUUUUAUUAAACUUAACAUCGUUUCAAUUUCUAGAAAGUAAUUAGGAAUUAAAUUUGAUAACAGAAAAUUUAAACUUAGUUGAUGUGAUAAUGAAUAAAACUUUAUUUUACAAAUAUAUUUCCAAGAAAACAGGCAAUAAUUUUCGAAUCAAGGAGUUUAUAAAUUAGUGUAAGAUUCUUAAAGAGGAAUCGGAAGUGUCAAACACUCAUGUCAAGCAAACCAAAUAGAGAAUAUUAUGUGAAAAUAUAUCAACUAACACAGUUACUGCAGAAAUUCGCUGCUCGUUAGCGCUAUUCAACUAGCGGCCUCAAUGAUAUUCAAUCGUGGCGUCUAAUACAACAUUUAAUGAACUGGCUGGCUGAUGCUUAGGCCAUACGUAGAAUAGGGUGACCAUUAGACAAAAACGCUGAAAUAUCUGACAUUAGUAAUAGUCAGAAUCACUUACCAAGUAACUGUACUAUACAAUCUUACUACAGUAAAAGUUGUUACAAAAAUCGAUUAAUUAAAAAAAUUAAAUAAACCGCUCACAUUUUGCUAAAACCUGAUAGAUUCUUAGGUGUCAAAUAUCAUUCGUCAUCAACUAAGUCAUGAUUUACGAAUUAUAUGUGGCACCUAAGAAACACAUUUCAUCACGUUUUAGCAAAAAGUGUGUGAUUUAAUUUGUUUUCCUUAAUUUUUGACUGUACUAUCUGUAAUAAUCAGUACUUGUAAUUAUUCGAGAAUUAACAUACUUGUGUUUUGUAUAAACUCUUCCAAUAAAUAUUCUUGAUAAGCUUGUAGAAUUUUUGUUACAAUUUAAAAUUAUGCACCAAAUAGUGCCUAGAAUCCUGAAAGCAAUACUAUAUUAAAUUUGAUUUUUCUGGUUUCAAGGUGCUGCAUUUUGUAUUUUUUUUUUUUUAAUACAUGCGUUUUCUAAAUUACCAAUUCAACAUUUUAAAAGUUGGACGCUUCCAAGGCAUUUUUGCUGAUGACAAUCUUUUUAUAUUAUUUUUAUUCUCAAAGUUCAAUUGGUAGUUUGGUAAAACCAUGACAAAUAUAUACUGCCUAAAAUACAACAGAAAUUUUUAUAAACUGUUACGCACGUUUUAUUUUCUUGUUUAUCUGUGCAAAUCAAAGUUUACAUGAAACAUAUGGCUUAGUUUA